AGGUCGGUUUGCAGGGCCUUGGCUUGAUAUACUUGGUGAAGAAUUGAGGAAGUGAAAGGAUCGAACUCUUGGAAUCAUGAAUAUCUUCCGACUCUCCGGAGAUAUGCUCCACCUGAUCAGCUUUCUUGUCCUCAUGUACAGAAUGAGAGGCCAGAGAAGCUGCCGUGGAGUGUCUCUCAAGUCACAGAUCUUGUUCCUGAUAGUCUUCUGCUGCCGAUAUCUCGAUUUGUUCUUCAGCUUCGUCUCACUCUACAACACCAUGAUGAAGAUAUUUUUCAUUUCUGCCACCGCAACGAUUGUUUAUUGGAUGCUUACAAAAUACCGAUCCUCUUAUGACAUGGACAAUGACAAGCUGCACGGGGAUGGAAGUUUCAUGGGGCACCUUCCCCCUCACGGAGUGCUUGGGUACAUCAUAGUCCCAUGCUUCCUCCUCGCUCUCAUCUGGAACGAGGGAUUUGAAGCGUUCGAGAUUCUUUGGGCAUUUUCCAUCUAUCUGGAGGCAGUAGCGAUCCUGCCCCAGCUCUUUAUGUUGCAGAAGACGAAGGAGGGAGAAGCCUUCACGCUCCUCUACAUCUUUUGCGUCGGGGCUUAUCGCGGUCUCUACAUUAUCAACUGGAUCUACAGAUACUUCACAGAAAAGCAUUACUGGCAGCCGUUGGUGUGGGUGUCUGGAGUGGUCCAGACUUUGCUGUAUGCAGACUUCUUCUACUACUAUUGGAUCGCUCUCCGCGAUGGAGCGAAGUUCCAAUUGCCGGGUUGAGCACAGAAAUGUGACCAGUGAAAAUACGAGUAAAGCUUCUUUUUCUUUUA